CAAAACACACACACACACACACAUCACACAAACACACACACUCUCUCUCUCUCCUCUACAUCUCUCGCAGUGCAAACCCUAAGACCUAAGCUCGAUCUCAAGUCUCGUAUCGGAGCUGCUACUUUUCCCCAUUUCUGAAGGAUUUUGAUGUUUCAUACAGUACAAUUCCGGUUUAGCGUUUAUUGCUGAGAUAGGGUUUCCAAGUUGCUAAAAUGGCGGAGGCUUCGAGCUCUCGAAUUACAAUUACGCUAGGACGCAGCGGUCAGGUGGUAAAGAAGGCAGGGUCUAUAUUAGGUCAUCCCUUUCCUGAUUCAGGACCAGCAGUUGGGAGCAAACGGUCUGUCAGAGAUAGGCUAGGUACCACUGCAGAUUCAACAACAGAAUUCAAUAAUAAACGUCAGCGAGGAGAUGGAAGUAGAUUGAGCUCUAGUUCCUAUAGUGGCAUUGAUGAUGCGCGGCUUGGUAAAGAUGACCUGCGAUAUAAAAUCAUGCGGAAAACUGUACUUGACCGAGGUCAAAGCAACGGCCAUCAGAAUGGGGUGGAUCUUCGUGAUUUCCUUUCAAGGCCAGCUCAAUCUUCAACAGCAAAACCUAGUUUGCUACAGCAGAUCCCCGAGCUGAGGGAUAAUAGACCACGAGUACCUGAGCCAAGGAAUGAUAGACAGCGAAUGAUUGAUUCAAGAGGUUCUAGACAAUACUUACCUGAAAUCAGAGAUUCAAGACAGUACAUACCUGAAGCCAGGGAUUUUAGGGGGCACCGUCCUGAGCUAAAGGAUGUCAGGUAUAAUACACCCGAGUCAAGGAGUUUGAGCAUACUGGGACGCGCUUCCUCCACAAGAAAUGCAGAUGCUUUGCCACAGAUGGAGUCGAUAAGAAAUUCUUAUUCCCCCUGGACACUGGAUCGUUUAAGGCGAAAAUCACCAGAUGGAGUUGUGAGUUCUUCUAGAGGUAUCUCACCACCAAGGAGAGGGGAGGAACUGCAGAGAAGAACUCCAGUCAUGCCUUAUGAUGACCCGAGACUCGGUUCAUACACAAGGAAAGAUGUCUCUGAGUUUUCACGCCCCAUGACUUCUGCAGCUUACCCGUCAAAUACAUCCCAACCUGCUGGACCUGGAAAGACUGUUGCACCAUUGCGUGCCCCAAUUCCACAGUCGCGCAGUCUAGUGCAGAAAAGUUCAUAUGCAGUUGAGGAUCAGCCUACUGUUGAUAGUUUUUUGCACUCGUUGGGUCUAGACAAGUAUGCUAUCAAUUUCAAGGCUGAGGAAGUGGAUCUGUAUUCAUUGAAGCAGAUGGGUGACAAUGAUCUGAAAGAGUUGGGAGUACCCAUGGGUCCGAGAAAAAAGAUUCUGCUUGCCCUAGCAUCCCGUGCCAAGAGACAAAGUAUGAUUACGUGAACUGAUGCAAUUCAGAUGCAUAUUGGAGCUUUGAUGCAAAAAUCAUGAGACCUGAAGUGAGAUCAUGCAACUCUUCAGAAGCCUUAUAGAGCAUGUAUUUCCUUCUCGUUCUAGCUGGACGAGCAAUGAAUAUGGAUCAGUUGUUAGAUCCCCUUUGUCAAUUCUGUAGUUUUCUAUACAGGGCAAAAUAUUUUGCGGAAAAAGUCUCAUUCUUUUGUUGUGUCACUGAUUUUGCCUUCUCUUCUUUGUGAUCCUCAUUAUUUUGGAAUUACAUACAUAUAAUUCCGAAGCAUUAGCGGGUAGCUUUCUUUUUUAUUUGAACUGUGAAAGAUAUGGGAAAUGAGCCCGCUGCCACAUGCGCAUA